GCGUGCGUUUAUGCGUUGAUAUGUCUCCCUAUUUUGCUUGAAACAUGUAAAUUAAAACAGGUAUAUACUUGAUUAAAUGGCACUACAUAUUGAUAUAUCCACCAUUAUAAGCCUCACAUACACAUAAACACACAUAGCCAGACAUGUAGCCACAUGAUUGCAAGAUAGCUCAUAAUAAGUACUCCUUUUCUCAGAAGUAUCAUACUUCUCAUCAUCGUCAUUAUCAAAUCCUUAAACAGCAGACACAUACCCACUCACACUCACACACUUACACACCCAAAUAUUCCGAAUUCCAUGCGUGUUCCAUGCGGCUCUGUAAUAUGAGUGGUAAUGUUUUGUUUUAAUUUUUUUUUUAAUUUUUGUUGUUGGGCGUUAGUGACUAAGUGUGGGAUGACGUUUGUAUGGGGAAUGUUGUGAUCAUUACGUUCGAUAGUUCAAUCAUAGUUUCGUCCAUGCGUCGAUGCGCGAGAGCAUCGAUUGCCUAGAAUAAUAGUGUAAUCGCAUUUGCCCGUCGAGGCACGGGGGUUCAGGAUGCAUCGUUUAAUCGGUUUUAAGAACGUAAUUCCACUUCGUGUGCGCAGUCUUCGGUAACAUAUCUCCUAGUGCGAGAUUGCGGUGUUAUGUUACAAAAAUGCAUUUCUUUCCCUUCCCUCCGCUCAUUCUGUAUUGCAAAAGAUGUAAAUAGUAUCGAGCAAAGGUGCGAGCAGGAGAAACCCGAUCCGAUUACGUCGUACCAACCAAUAAUGUACGUUCUAGCUAGUUUUUAGUAAUUUCUUGGUGUAGUGUGCCUAGAGAAAAAUGUGCUGCAAGCGAAAUUAGCCCAUUCUAGAGACCACCAAUAUCGGUUAGUAGGAUACGAGUUUUCGUAGGUAUAUGAACUUCUCUUGCCUUAAUUUCUUCUUCUUUCCCCGACACGCGUCUGUUUCCGUUUCUCCAUUAUAAUUUUCUGUACAGAGGUUAGAGGGGACAGAAGUGGUGUGUUGCGCCCGUGUAGCGUUGCAGUUAUGUAGAAAUGUUUCCGCUUUGGGCAGGGAGGGCACUAAAGUCUGCUUUACGAACGUUUUGCUAGAUGAAAACAAGAUCCAUAAACUCGAGGAGUAGAUUCCGGCGUGCGGUGGCGUGCGGUGCGGAACCGUUGAACCGCGCGCCAUUUUCGGUUUCUGUAUAGAUUAAGCCAGUUUCGUUCCACUUGUUUCAUUGUUUUCCAAACCUACAUUAGCAAGCGAGCACACAUAACAUGCAAAAACGAUAGAAAAACAAAAAAAGAAGUAAAGAACACAGUGAACACAAUCUAAAUGCGGUUUAAACAAUAUGUGAUGUUUUAUUUAUUCGUAUUUACCUGUAGCUAUUGAACUUGAAAUGGAAAUUAAACGAUUUUAAAUGCCUAAACUCUGAAGUCCUAUUUCUUAUGUUUUACUGUAGUCUACCCGUUCCCCACGGUUUCGUUUCGCGCACAUUCCCAUGAACAAACGAUGGAUUUUUUGGUUGUCUUUUUUGGUUCUAAUUCUUAUUAGUCUACUCCACCAAGGAAGAGUCGUGUUACCGAGCCCACCCGUAUUCUGAUUUAUAAUGUUUUCCCUUUGUAUCUUGAUAACUCGCAACAAAACCCACCAUUGCUUCCUGCCGGCGGUUGUGAUCGACGUGAUAUCGUGUGUCAUCGUUACGCAUCGAGCAGAAGAAGAUCAUUAUUCUGGUAUGUCUUAGCAUUCUACUGAUAGUGGUUGCAUCGACCGUAGCUGGCUACUUCGGUUUCUAAGCAUCUCGUCGCCCAUCCACCGGGUGGUUUGCCUUAUAACCGCACACCAGCAAGCAGCAGCUGAAGGAAGGUGUGGGUUGUUACUACACUGCAGUUUGUUUAGUGUGCGCCUAGUAUUGAUUCGCACAUUAGUUUGUGUGUGUGUUUGUGUGUUUUUCAUAAAUCACCACCUCCCAUGGUGUAGCACUACAAAUGAUACCUCGAGUUAAUGGCUCGUUUCGUGUAGGAAGUAGUAGUUUGACAUGCCUCGGCGGUGGUUUCGAAGAGAAGCGCUCGAAUCACCGAGCCUUAAUGAGGAGGAAAGAAUUAAAAGAAAUUGUAUGCUUCACGUUCGACCGCUUUUGUAAUACAAUCCACCGAUAUGAGGAGUUUGUUUUUGUUAGCAGCGAAGCGAUCCAGCAUAGCAGAUGUAGGAGUAACACAUGUAAAUCACUUCUAAACAGUUAAAGAAUCGAUGAAAGGGAUGUAGGUUCUGUCUUUUUUUCUUUCUUUUACUUACGUUUACUCGAAAAAGGAUUCCUUUCGUUAUCCUGUACACCGAUGUGUUAUGCCGUUGUGCAAGACAUGUUCAUUAUUCCUCACCAUGCAACCGCUGCUAUCCCAGUGCCAGCUGCUCUGGGCUUGAGACUUCCACAAACCUAGCAUACAUAGCACAGCAGCAUAUAUGCUUAUCAACAGCGAUCACCGGUUUGGACUAGCACAUCGUGUGGCCCUUUUCGGAAUCCCCGAGUCACCCACUGCAGCACACAAACACCGCGGCAAAGAAGGAAGAACGGUACGCUCCGCAGCGCCUCCAAGCCAUCACACACAGCGUUCCAUUAGUUUGGCUGGAUAAGAGGAAACGUUCGAGAAACACCAGAAGACAAAGAUUGGCCCUCAUCAGCUUCAUCAUAAUCAAGGAGCAGCUACGUUCCGUCUAAGCGUUUGCAAAGUUGCCAUAGCGUGUUCUUCGCUCAAAAUGUUAAUCUCCGCUUAAAAGUAUGAAAUACGUCAGCAGCAAAGGCACGGGCGGGAAAAGGUGACAGACGAGAUAGUAUAUUCAAUAUCAAUCGAGUGGCAAUAAGUAGGUAACGAAGUAAAACUAUUUGUUAAAGAAGAUGCAUGAUGGAUGGAAGCAUAGUGUAGCGUGGGUUCUGCGAGUUCUCUUAACGUGGGCUGGUUUUGUGUGGUGGAAGCUCUGUGUUGUAUGCUCCGUAAGGCGUUGAAUGGAUUUGCGAGCAUAAGAAUCAGCCAAUCGAUGACACAACACGAUCUACAGCGCCCCCAAGCAAAACAUUUGUGAUAAUACUUUAAUCGCAAGAAACUCUUACUCUUCUCCCAUAUGCAUCUCACGAUCGUUUGGCAGUCUCUAGGCAUAACCCAAGCCGUAGCGGCAACCGGUUGUAAAGAAAAGAAGCAGUAGUGAAGACAGAGCAAAGGCAAUAAGUGCAACCCACAAUAGCACCGAAUAGGAAGACACGAUGCGCUCCCUGUUGAGAGCACCAAGUGCACGAAAAGUCCACUCUUUGUUGCAGGAACGCUACUCUCGAACACAGCGAAUGCAUGCUGCAUUUCAUUUUAUGGUUUCGAACCAACUGGUAAAACGCGCAAUAAGAUACAGUCAAUUCAUCCGGCUCUUUGAUUGGAGAGAAGGACAAAACCUUGUAGAUGCGUGUUUCCCGGUUAUUCGGCGGUAUUGCUGCUACUACUGCAUAUCUGCACUCACGUUGAAACGCCUACAAUUUUUGUUACAUUAUGUCAACAUGCCAUUUUUUUUACUACCUGCACGCUUUGGAAAGAGUGGAACCUACAGUAUAAAAUAUCAUUUUCGAAUCCGUUAACUGUUCUCACUUUUCACCAGUCAGCGUUAAAGUCAGUCAGGUCAGCGCUGGGCCGACAUGCAAUCAAACAUUGUGACAUCACCCCGCGCAAAACUUGCCGAAGCAUUGGGGUUGAAAGAAGCCCAAUCGUCCGACCAACCUCACAAAACUUCCAAAAAUUCCACCAAUUUUAACACUAUUAGUCAAUUGCUUAGCACUGGUACGCGAAGAAGUAAGCUGGAAGCUAAGGCGUGAUAUAGGGUUUGGCUAUGAAUUAGCGAGAUAUCGUUUUGGGUAAACCUAUUUAAUUGUUUUUUUCUCGUUCUGUUUCGUGUAUCUCGUUCUGUUUCGUGUAUCUCGUUCUGCAUACUGCUUUAGGAUCUCAUGAGUAACCGUGACGUUCGAAUCAAAAGCAAAGCUUCAAACAACAGUACUCAAUUCUUUUCAGAUAUGUGAGCUUCGCAAGAAGAUUGAAAGAGGAAGCAUUCCGAAUGGUAAUAAUUGUAAACCAAGUAAAUUGCGGAAAGGAUCAUGAGAUCGCUGGUGGUGUUGUAGUAGGUCAGUGCUCUCGAAAUGUUACACUUUGUUACAUCGAUUAUGUUUUUAACAGCAGCGUCAAGAAUGUACCACCAAGGAAGCAAAAAGCGUAGGACAAGAAAUUGAGAGAAAGAGUAAAAAGAGAGAUAAUCAAACAGGAUUUUCUUCCAUAGUCCGUUACGCCAAGGAUCACGGUCGCUGACGAUUACUAGCAUCUCUAACGCUGUCGUUGAUCGAAGUAAUAGCAAACAACAAACACACUUGCGCGUGUAUCGAUAAUAAAGGACAACGGUAUUAGAUUCAGUGAAAUGAAAAAGAGAGGAAAGAGGAAAAAGUAAAAUGGAUCAACUUGAGCAGUGGUACUAGUAACAGCAGCAGCAGCAACAGCAACAGCAGCAGUAAAAGCAUAAGAGUGCUAUGUGAGUCAGAAAAAUUAAUGAGCUGCUGAUAGUUAUUAUGAUAAGAAACUUAUAUAUACAUCCAUAUAUGUUUAUAUAUAUACACACACACGCGUCUGUGUAGAGAUAUGUAUACAUGUAUAUCUAUAUAUGGAUGUAUACAUAUACAUAUAUACAUAUAAACAUAUACAAAUAGUAUCUAAAACGAAAAUGCGAAAAAACACAAAAAUAUAGCCUAUUCACUUAAAUAGUUAUUUAAAGCAAACUAUAUAUAUACAUAUAUGAAAACCUUCAGAAAUUAAAGCGACGUCCUGCCCAGUCGUUCUCAGUCGCCGAGGACGUUGAAAGGAAGAAGAUUACGGUUCUGGGGACGGAGAAGAGUGAAACACGCAUGCAUCAGAACAAGCGCCAACAAUAGAGUCCAAAUUAGACCGUGAUUAACACCAUCAUCCUGCAAAAUAAAGGAAGUCAACGAACAUCUUUCCUACGCCGGUCUGAGAGUGUUUUGCAGCCGUGUUCCAAUUCGAUCUUGAUCUCGGAUAAGCAGAUGCUCAGAAAAUUUGCAAAACACAUGAUAAGAUAAGUUAUUUUCAAUGCAAAUCCAGUGGAAAAAAGAAUCUCGCUUCGAAGCGAAGAGAAAGAUCUUACACAUAAUUAAGAACUAGGGAACCAGCAUGAGAUGCGACGCAAAAACGAACAGUGGCUUGGUCUGUGACUAUGUAAGAAGAACUAAUGCGAAACGGGCACACUCUGUUGUACAGUAUAGUAUGUUUUUCUCUCUAUUUCUCUUAACAUCAAUUAACAAAACAAAACAACAAAAAAAAACAACAGAUAGAAAGAAAAACGAACAAUACACAAGCAGGAGUUUGCAGAUCAAUGUAGAAUAAGCGAAUGCUAUGAAUAUACUCUAGAUGCUGCCGAUAUUCUCGAAUCGAUUCGCGAUGGAAAAAGGGUUGCAUGAAGAUCAAACCGAGAUGCAAGAUAUGCAAGGUGCGUUGUAAAACUCACACAAUGAACAAAUAAUUAACGAUUAAGGACAGUUAUCGCAUAGCACAACAACAAUGUGUACCAUCGCUGGGCAGAGAAAAAGAAUCACCCGUGCAUCAGGAAGCACCAUCGUUCUAAAGCUACGAAGAGUCUACGAAGACCAGGACGGUGAUCCAAGCCUCGCUUGACUUGGCUUGCCUUGGCUUGGGCAAGUUGAUGAGAAGCAAUUGCAUCGGCAAAGAAGGAACAUACGAGAACAUGUGCACGUUCCUGCCUUUUUACCUUACUACUACUUACGCUCAUCUUUUGUUGGAAAAUGCAGUCCUAAAAUGCAAGCAUUAUACAAAGCUGCCAGGCACCCGUGUGUUUAUGCGCGCCUAAACGCUUAUUUGCUAAGCGUGGCUUGUUGUAGCGCCGCUAGGAUGAACCCCCUACUGAGUACCGAACAUGCUACGGUGGCGAGCGCUAUAGACAUUCCUUUUCACCUCUAGCAGUACUUUGAGACAAACAAAACAGACACACACCAAGCUACUAGCUAAUGAUGGCUGAUGUAACAAGGGCAGGAAUUACAGAAGGUCGACAAAAACCACCCGAUGUAAGCGUACCACGACGACUCACGGUGGGUAUCGGUAUAAACAAUUGAAUAAGCGCGAUGUAGAAGGGAAAGCAAAGCAAAACGGAAAAUCGUUACACUUUUGUUUUAACAGCUGGCCCGGGUGUUCUGCCUAGGGGAAAUGAAUAGAAGCAACUGUUACCACUUGCUAUUUUCUAAGAUAAGCAAUUGAUUUUACUUUAAAAUCUUGAUGUUGAUAACUUGAUCGAAACAAUCGAAAACGAAACAAACAAACAAACAAACAAACAACCAAACAAAUCAGCAAACAAACGAACAACAUAGAAAUUCUCGAUGACGGGCGACGGCUGCAAUUAGGUGAGCAUAUGCGCUUGAUUCUAUUAUAAAGUUCUUGAUAGAGAGAAGAGGUCGCGUACAACAACAAGUGUGUAUGUGUGUGUGUGUGUUCUCCUCUAAGAGAAAAGAGAAGAAGAAAAAUCAAUCAGACUUAAUACACCAAAUCGUAUUCGUGGGCAAAAUCCUAGAGAGAACAUACAAGCAACAAAAUAAAAGACACAAUUCACACACGUACAAAAGAUACUGAAAAAAAACCCGUUCACUACCGAACAAUAGUGGAGAGAGCGUACACACGCAGUAUACACACAAGAGUCACACAUAAAUACACUUACAUACAAGUGCAGAAAGUAGAAGCGAAAAAAAACCAAAAGUAGAGUGUGUCUGCGAAUGAAACGAAUAUACACCCAGAGAGACCCAAUAACGGAGGAGUUGGACGAAGGGAAGGAGAUCGCAAAAGGAGGAAGGAAAACUUGUAAAUUGUUGCAUUUAAUCGUAAGUCCAUUUUGAAGUUAUUGAGAAGUUAAAUGAAAGUAAAAAAACCGACACAAACAAAGGAGAAAAUAAUCCUCUCUUCAGUAACUAGACGUUCAGUGCUAUGGAAAUUAAGCGAAGAAAUGACACAGAACACAUGACAAACACACCUUCCACACAAACAGAGCCACAGGCACGAUACGCGUGCGAUACACAUCCACACUUACGGCAGGCGAUCCUUGAAGGAAGGAUGGAAGGAUAUCUCCGCAUAGCCUAUCACCAAGCCGUUGCCAUCAGCGCGUUUUUGCACUUUCGAUUCUCUCCCUCCCAUUCGUUUACUAACUGUAUCCCAGUGCCAGUUCAGGCGAGGCUCCCCCUCCCUCCCCCUACCCUUAUGUGCUAAGGCGUAAUAGUGAGUAUGAUCCGAAGUAAUAUGCAUAACCUGCAUCCAGUUACGUAGCUAGGGGUUGCCGCCAUGUCUGGUGAUUUGUUUUCUUCUUGGAGCGUUAGCGUGUUUGCUGGCGCGCACGUACGCAUGCAUGUGCGUCUGUGUCUGUAAGUGUAAGUGUUUGUGCCCCGCAUGUACAUUAUUGCGAGAAAACCCAAACCAACAAAUAAACACCGAAUCCGAAUGGGAAGCAGUUACCUACUGAGUUUUGCCUCUCUCAUGGCUUAAUUAAUGCAGUACCAUCAUCACCGCUGUCACCAUCCAAUGCAGUCCAACAGUCGAGUGCCGAGGAGGAGCAAACGCAUUUUCCCGAAAGUUAGACUGAAUGGAGUGGUAGAUGUAAUGGGCGGCAUUGUGGUGCCAUUGACCGGGGCAGGAGGAAUCGGAGAAACAAAUCGAAUCACUGACACAGUAUCCACAGAACAAGUAGGACAAGUACACACAGACACACGAUACAAAAACAAGUGAUGGCUUUCGAAAUUAUAUAAGGAAGAUCUUAAAAAUAAACACAAGUUGAUAAAAGCUA